AGCAAGAUAUGGAAUUAUAAAAACAAUUGAGAAAUUUUUAAAAUACCAAAUUUUAGAAGAAUGUGAAUCAGAAUAUAACACGCCAAUUUUCCCGGUAAAGAAACCAAACUGUGAGUAUAGAUAAGUACAAGACUUGAGGGCAAUAAAUGAAAUAACAAAAGACAUCCACCCGGUGGUGGCAAACCCUUAUACAUUGCUAACAUCUGUGAAGGAGAAAUAUAAAUGGUUUACAGUAAUUGAUUUAAAGGAUGUCUUCUUCUGCAUUCCUCUUGAUAAAAAUAGCAGGAAACUGUUUGCAUUUGAAUGGGAAAAUCCACAGAAUGGACGGAAAACACAACUGACAUGGACCAGACUUCCACAAGGAUUCAAGAACAGUCCGACCCUAUUUGGAAACCAAUUGGCCAAGGAAUUGGAAGCAUGGACCACCCAAGGAGAAAUACAGGUACCAAGAUCACAAUACCUUUUGUUACAAUAUGUAGAUGACAUUUUUAUUGCAACAGAACAAAGGUCCCUGUGCAUAAAGGUGACAAUUGAAAUUCUGAAUCAGCUAGGCUUGAAUGGUUAUAAAGUCUCAAAAGGCACAAAUUACAUGCAUGACUGUGCUGUAUCUGGGAUGUGAGAUUUCACAAGGGCAGCGAAAACUGGGAAUAAAUCGCAUAGAGGCAAUCUGUGCCAUCCCAGAACCACGAAACUUGCAUGAACUAAGAAUAUUUUUGGGCAUGACAGGGUGGUGCAGGUUAUGGAUAAUGGACUAUGGACUUAUUGCCAAACCCCUGUACGAAGCCCAAAAAUCACAUGCCUUUGUUUGGGACAAACCACAGAAAGUGGCCUUCAAAAAUCUGAAGGAGGCGUUAACAAAAUCACCAGCACUGGGACUCCCAGAUUUGACAAAAGGUUUUCAAUUGUGUGUCCACGGAAGACAGACGUUGGCAAUGGGAGUAUUAACUCAGAAACUCGGAAGCUGGAAAAGACCGGUGGGAUAUUUCUCAAAACAACUGGAUCCGGUGAGUACAGGAUGGCCCUCAUGCUUGAGGGCAGUAGCAGCAGCUGUCAUUUUGAUCCAAGAAGCUAGGAAAUUAACUUUGGGAAAACAUAUCGAUGUGUUUGUGCCACAUAUGGUAACCACUGUUCUAGAACAAAAAGGGGGGCAUUGGUUGUCCCCUAGCCGGAUGAUGAAAUAUCAGGCAAUCCUAAUGGAACAGGAUGAUAUAAACUUGAGAACUACUAAUCUGCUAAACCCAGCAGCUUUUCUAGGAACUGACCUAGAAGAAGGAACUCUUGAACAUGACUGCAUAGAAGUCAUCAAACAUACAUAUGCAACCAGAACGGACUUAAAGGAUGUACCUCUUGAACGACCAGACUGGGAACUCUUCACAGAUGGAAGCAGUUUUGUGGAGAACGGGACACGAUACGCAGGGUAUGCUGUGACAACGCAACAAGAGGUAGUCGAAGCCAAAGCACUGCCUCCUGGAACAUCGGCCCAAUGGGCAGAAUUAAUAGCUCUCACGAGAGCGUUGGAACUGAGCAAUGGCAAAAAGGUAAAUGUAUGGACAGACUCAAAAUAUGCAUUUGGUGUGGUACACAUUCAUGGAGCAUUAUGGAAAGAACGGGGACUUUUAUCCUCACAAGGGACUAACAUAAAGUAUCAAAAGGAAAUUUUAGAAUUAAUAAUUGCUGUGCAAAGACCUAAACAGGUAGCCAUCAUGCAUUGCAAGGCGCAUCAAGGAGGAACUUCAAAGAUAUCUGAAGGAAAUACAUCGGCAGAUCGGACGGCCCGACAAAUAGCCUGGAGGGUAUGGAACAUGAUGGCUUUGAUACCUCUGAAGGUAAGCCCGCUCCACACCUAUCUUCCAUAAAGUCCAAACUAUUCAAAAGAAGAUGAAAAGUUAGCAGGACUCUUAAAAGCCCAAAAGAACUCUGAAGGGUGGUAUGUAACAACAACAGGACAAGUAAUAGUGCCACCGACAAUAAUGCGGAAAAUUCUACAAACUGAACAUCAGAAAUGUCAUUGGGGUGCAGAAGCAUUGGUAACUUAUUUAAAACGAGGAAUAAUUUCCACACAGAUGUUAACUAUGGCAAAAGCAGUGGGAUCGAAAUGUGAAAUUUGUUUGAAAAACAA